AGGGUCGGAUCUUGGGGUCUCCUGCGUUUUUUUUCCCGUGCUGGGUGGCCAAGAAGGGCAGAGCCGGCUGGGAAGGGCUUUCCGGGCCGAAGGAGGAGUUUGUAACGUUUCCAGCGCAGAAGAAACCGAAAGUGCAGACAGCGGAGUCGGGCAGCGCAGGCGGGAGGGGCUGCCCGCCCAGCCCGUCCCACUAUGGCCGCCUCCAGCCCCGGCACCCCGCUCCCAGUAGACGACUUCAAGUUCAUCCUUUGCGAGGGCUGCCAGCAGGCAUCACCCAAUCUCAAGCUCCUCACCUGCCUUCACACCUUGUGCCUCAAUUGCCUGAGCAAGAACAAGGCCAUGGGGCAGUGCCCCGUGUGCCGGACGCCCAUCCCACAGGCCAGUGGCAUCCCCAACAUGGACAACCUGCUCUUCACCAACCUGCAGGCCAGGCUCAGCAUCUACAAGAAGAUCGUCGAUGGAGUUGACUUGUGCUGCAACAACUGCAAGGAAGCCAGCGAGUUCUGGUGCUCUGAAUGCGAGGAGUUCCUCUGCACCAGGUGCUGUGAAGCCCACCAGCGCUACCUGAGGAAGGAGAACCAUGAAGUCAAGAAAGUGGCGGACAUCAGGGCAGGGUCUGCUAAGGACUUCCUCGAGGGCACCAGGAGGACAGGGAACUUCUUCUGCUCCAACCCGGCCCACAAGAACCAGCCUGUAAGCAUCUACUGCACGACGUGCCGCAAGCCCCUGUGCUGCUCGUGCGCGCUGCUGGACAGCCAGCACGCCCCAUUCUGCGACAUCCACCGCGAGACCCAGCGCCGGCAGCGGGAGCUCAGCACCAUCGCCCAGGAGAUCGAGCAGAAGAGGAACCGCUUCCAGGCCACCCAGGCGGUGCUGCGGGACAAGGCCGCCCAGCUGGAGGAGAUGUGGCGGGAGAUGCGGGAGUUGAUCCAGCAGCGCGUGGAGCAGCUGGUGCAGCUGCUGCGGCGCGAGGAAGAGGAGCUGCUGGGGCUGGUGGAGGCGCAGCAGGAGCGGGGCCGGCGGGAGCUGGCUGGGGAGCUGCAGCGCAUGGAGGGGACGCUGCGGCGGAUGGAGGCGGCCGAGCGGCUGGUGGAGAAGAUGAACCUCUACGCCACGGAGCAGGAGGUGAUGGACAUGCAGCCCUUCAUCAGGGACUCGCUGCAGGAGCUGCAGCGGCUGCAGCCGCCGGCAACUGGGGAGCGAGAGCAGCCGCGGGAUCUGAGCGAGUGCAGGGCCAGGCUGCAGGCGCUGGUGGAGCGUGUCACGGGGCACCCAGCCCUCCUCCCCUUGACAGGGAUCUCUUCCAAAGAUGACAACACUCUCAUCCUUGACCUGGAGCCUCCCAGGGAGCUGUGCCAGCUGAACAGAGGUCACCACCAGUGUCCAGACCAGGGAGGGGACAUGUCCUGCACCCAACCCACACUUCCAGCCCUUCUGAUGCAGAGGGAUGAAGAAGCAGAGGAAGACCAUGGAGACACUGUGCCUCCUCCAAGGAGCCUCCAGGACUCUGUGGCCUCCCUGCAGGAAGAUUUCAGUGGCUGGGCCAGGUCCAACAUCCAGCAAGUAGACAAGUUCCUGAAGAUGGGCAAUCGACUCCUGCAAGCUCAGCAAAGGGCAAACAGGCAUCUGGUGUCCGUGACCUGGGAGAUCCAGGCCCUGUCCCGCUCCCUGGCCACCAUCGUCUCUGCCCUGCGACCCUUGCUGCAGCCUGUGGCCACCCCAGUGGACGUCCCCACUGCAGACGUGGACUGGACAUUGCUGGAGCUCGUCCCUCCCAGCACCGUGCAGAGGCACGAACCGCUGGUCCCAGCAGCUGCUGCAACCCCUGGUCCCAGCAGACCCCCCCCGGCCACCAGCCCAGCACGCUCAGAGACCCCCAGUCCAGGCUCUGAGGGCGAAUGUCCCAAAUCGAGGCACCCCAGCAGGAGCAAGCGUGGUGGGAAGCCCAGCGUCAGGCUUCAGAAGCGGAGGAAGAAGUGACCAGAACUUUUGCCAUGGACUGCAGCUGCUUGGAAAACUCUUUAAAGGUCCCUGCGGAGACUAGGUUCUCCAUCCCACCUUGUCAUGCCAAUAAAUCCUCUUGGGAUGAA